GCGUCUCCCACAAUAUAAACGCCGCCGGGAGUUUCCGUAAAAUCACAUUCAGCCGUCAAGACUGAACAAUGGUUAACAUGAGCUAUCACCAAUUUUUACUAAAAUAUCUACAUUCGAAUUCAAGACAGUCGAGAAGGCGAGCGAAUAAAAGAAAAAGGAAUUAUUGGGACAAGCUAUCUCCAACAAAUUGCCAGACUUGAUUAAAGGAGACUUUCUAAAGGUCCAGUGUGAACUGUGUGGCCGAGUAUCUGUGCGUUGCGACUGAUUGGCGAGAUGACUGCCGAGUGGCUACACCUGCCCCCGCCGUACCCCCCUGGCGUGGGGCCGUUGUAUGGUGCAGAGUUGGAGGCGUGGUAUGAGGACCUGCAGGAUAUUCUGGGCUCUGACACAGGAGGGGCAAAACUGGCACGAGCCCCUACAUGCACCGAGAAGGAGCCAGAGUUCAUGGAUGUCCUGGAAAGUUGCUCUCUGACGUGGCUGACCGAUGGCAGCCAGACAUGGGGUGACGGUGUCCAGAGGACAACAGAGGAGAUCCACAGCACCCAGACCCUGCAUCACAACUCGUCGUCAUCCUCCUCUUCCUCCUCCUCCUGCAUGAGUCCAGCUGUUACAGAAGAACGGCAGGUGGAGGCUGAGGGUGGGAGAAGUGGAGAUGGCUCGGCAGGAGGUGGCAGUGACUUGCUGCCUCCCGAGUUCUUCGAGUUGCUGAGUGAUGGAGGAGUGGGAAUGGUGGAUGCGAGUGGAGCAGUGAUCAGCGGUGGCUAUUAUUACCACCACCAGCACCACCAGGCUAAUGUCCAUCCUGCAUCUCCCUCAGCCAGCGAGGAGGAACUGCCUUGUGUCCCCGAUUCGCCAUCUUGCUCCUCUUCAGCCUCCCAGUCACCAUCUCAAAUUUGUUCUUCUCCCUCUUCACCCGUGUCUUCUCCCUCUGUUUACCCAUCCUCCCGUUUGGGAAAACGCAAGAGGACCACCAGCGAGAGGGCCAACGGUGCCUUGUCCUCUUUUGUUUCCUCCUCACAACGCUCAUCCUACUCGUCUACCAAAAAGAGUCGCAAAGAAAGAGAGCAGGAGAACGAGAGGAAGGUACAGGAGCUGACAGAGCAGAACGAGCGUCUUAAAGCAGAAAUCGAAAGGCUGGGAGAGGAGGUACAGAGGACACGAAGAGCCCUUAUCGAGAGACUAGUCAACACCAGAAAAUGAGAGGGAGGUGGUGAAGGAAGACGGGAAUAAAAUAUGUCAGGUCCUACAGAAUUCGAACAAGCAGUGGUGGGGAAAGGUGUAACAGGGUGGUCAUGAAAUGCCUCUUAGAAGAAUGGAAACCAAAGAUAAAUUUUUAUAAGUGAGGAUUUUGUUUCUUGUAAAAGACAGAUAAAGAUUGCAAGAGGAAGGAAAGUGAUGAAAGUCAAGACAUGAAAGGGUACAGAGAGGAAAGGGGCUGCAACAGCAUUGCGGCUUUUCGAAAGACACAGCAUGUAUGAAGGAGAACAGACGGCUCUAAGUGCAAAUCAUGCAGAGGUUCUAAUGAAUGUCAUUUUGAGGAAUGCCUAAUGAGAUCCAUAUUUUGAGUUGCAUGUAGGACAGAAAGGAACUUCAUUUAAAGAGCAUUUCACUGAUAGAUCUUCCCACCAUUUUGCAAUAAAUUGUAACUCCUACUUUAAGGGCUGCAAUCUGGCUAGCAGAGAUUAUUUGCCCCAAUUUGUGGAGAGUUUAGGAGCUCAGGAAAAGUCUGAAAGUGCCCAGUGCAGUGUGAGUAUGAGAGAAUGCUUUUUAUUUUUGGGGGGAGGAAAAAAAAAAGACAUCAUUUUCUUACUUUUGUAUAACCCAUGGCUUGUGUGUAUGUGUAUUUAGAUAAAGCAAGUAGGAACCGGCUAUACUUUCUAAGCUGACCUUUUCUAUUAUGGGAAUUUGUGGUAGAAUUAUUAAGAGCUCUUCUACCCUUAUUUACUAUUUUUAUAUAAUGCUGUAAUAUAUACAAUUGUACUGUAAUGGCUUGUACUGUAAUAUACCAACAUAUCCACUGUUAUUUUCUCAUUGUAGUCACUUAAAUUGUUAAUUGUAGAAUAUUGCAUGCAUGGCUUUUGUCACUGAUGGCAUUGAAUCUAUGUAUUUUACCAUAACAUUCAUUUUAUCCUGCGUUGUAACACACCCAAUUUGCAAUAAACAAGAAAAGUAGAAUAUU